GCUCCGGAGAGUCUACCGCGCCGGCCACUGUGGAGGUCGGCGCCCUGCAGGCGAUGAGCCCCGCUGGCCCUCGGGGGCGCGCCACGUGGGUGCUGGCCCCGGGCCUCCUGGCCGUGGCCCUGGCGCUGGGGGGCAGAGGCUGUCUCUCCGCAGGCCCGGGUCCCCUCUCGGGCUCCCUCUUCGCGCAGCCGCCCCCGGAUCCUCCCGUGGCUCCCGGGGCUGGGACAAGCCUGAGGACCCCUCCUGGGCCGAGCGGGGCGGGGCCCCCAGAGACCGCGCAGGACUUGCCCUGCAUGAUUUGGUCCAAUGUGGAAAGCUCUCACUUUAAGACUGCAGCAGAAGCACCACUUGGAACAAAAUUCAACAAGAAAAUUGAAGCCUUUAUCCCACUCCCGACUUCUGCAGCCCCCAGUGGGCCGUGGACUCAUUCCCUGUUUGCUUUCAUACCUCCGUGGCCUAAAAGGGCCUUAUUUAAAAGAGAGUCUCCUGUAGCACACCACCUGGAUAGAGACCUUUCGAGAGAAGUUCAAGGGACUUCUGAGAAUGGAGUAAUUUUUCAGAAAUGUGCACUGCUCCCGCGUCUGUCUCAGCAGAGCUGGGGAGAAGGGGUGCAGGGCUGCUGGGAGGUGUUGGGGCAGAGCGAGGCGUGGACGGCCCGCGUGCGGCUCUUUGUUGGCAACACCAGGACAGGCCUGUCAGCCAACCUCUCGGACCUGCUCUUGCUGGACAACAUCACUGGCCUCGCCGUGAGGGAGUCGGCCGGAAACAGGACCGCGGGCGGACUCCAGGCGUUCCGAAGGACGUUUCUGCAAGUGGGAGACGCCUUCGAGGUCAGCUACACAGCCUCCCUGCAGCGCGGACGCCUGGCGACCGGGGAGAGCCUGCCACUGCCUGCCCAGCUCUCCUUUCGGAGCGCGUCACCGAACAGAACACAGCUAAAAGCCCUUUUUACCAUAACCGUAGAAGAAAAGAUAACGGUUCUGCCGCACCACGGCGUCCACGCAGCAGGCUUCGUGGCUGCCUUCCUCUCCUCCUUCGUGCUGACCUGGCUCGUGCUCUUCUUCGCGGUGCGCUGUCCCUGUCUGCGGCGAAGUGUGCUCGCCAGGCAGCGGGUCGGGCACCACGAGAGCAGGGCGGAACCCUGGCUGUUCACCUCGGUGGAUGGCGUGAAUGAGGACCUCUCCCUUAACGACCAGAUGGUGGACAUUCUGUCCUCUGAGGACCCUGGGAGCAUGCUGCAAGCCUUGGAAGAGUUGGAGAUUGCAACCCUGAAUCGAGCAGAUGCAGACCUGGAGGCUUGUCGAGCCCAAAUCAGCAAGGAUAUCAUUGCUCUUCUGCUGAAAAAUCUCAGCAGCAGUGGCCACCUCUCACCCCAAGUGGAGAGGAGGUUGGGUGCUGUUUUCAAAAAGCAGUUUCUGUUGCUGGAAAAUGAAAUACAAGAGGAGUAUGAUCGGAAGAUGGUGGCAUUGAUGGCUGAAUGUGAUCUGGAAACAAGAAAGAAGACAGAAAGCCAGUACCAGAGGGAGAUGGUGGCCAUGGAGGAAGCAGAAGAGUUGCUGAAGUGUGCUAGUGAAAGGUCCGCUACAGAGUGCAGCAGCCUCCUGCGAAGCCUCCACAGCCGGGAGCAGGAGCAGCUGAGGAAGGCGCUCGCCUUGCAGCAGGAGGAAGACUUCGCCAAGGCUCACAGGCAGCUGGCUGUUUUCCAGAGAAACGAGCUGCAUAGCAUCUUUUUUACACAGAUAAAAAGUGCUAUGUUCAAAGGGGAAUUGAAGCCAGAGGCAGCUAAAAUGUUGCUGCAAAAUUAUUCUAAAAUACAGGAUAAUGUAGAAGAGCUAAUGGACUUUUUCCAGGCUAGUAAGAGGUAUCAUCUAAGUAAAAGAUUCGGCCACAGAGCGUGCCUGGUGCGGAGCCUGCAGGCGUCGGAGAGCCGUGCGCAAGGCCUUCUGAGCGCCGCCGCGGCGCAGCUGCCGCGCCUUGUCCAGAAGCACGAGAGAGCGGGAUACUUGGAUGAAGAUCAAAUGGAAAUGCUCCUGGAGCGUGCUCAGACAGAAGUCUUUUCUAUAAAACAGAAGUUGGACAAUGACUUAAAGCAGGAAAAGAAAAAACUCCACCAAAAGUUAAUAAUUAAGAGAAGACGAGAGUUGCUGCAAAAGCACAAGGAGCAGCGCAAGGCGCAGCUGUCCAUCGGCGAGGCGGCGGAGGACGCGGGCCAGCUCCUGCAGCAGUGGCGCUGCACGGUGGCCGAGCACGGCGCGGGCCUGGAGGAGCUGCAGGAGCGUCUGGACCAGGCGGCCCUGGACGGGCUCAGGGCCCUGACCCUCUCGCUGUCCGAGAAAGCCACCGAGGAGCUGCGGCGCCUCCAGAACUCGGCGCUGACCCAGGAGCUGCUCAGGCGCGGCGCGCCCUGGCUCUUCCUGCAGCAGGUCCUGGAGGAGCAUGGCCGGGAGAUGGCCGCGCGCGCCGAGCAGCUGGAGGGCGAGGCGCGGGACCGGGACCGCGAGGGCGUCCAGAGCGUGAGGCAGAGGCUGAAGGAGGAGGCUCUGGAGGCCGCGGUGGAGGAGCAGGCGGAACUGCGGCACUGGGAGCGCGCGGUCUUCACGAGGCUCCGCUGCGCAGCCUUCUCUGUGUCUGAAGAGGAGCUGCUUGGGCUGCAGCAGGACAUCCAGGGCUGCUUCGCUCAGAUGGACAGGAGCUUGGCCCUCCCCAGGAUCCGGGCCCGAGUCCUGCUGCAGCAGUUUCAGACUGCUUGGCGCGAGGCGGAGUGCCUGAAACUGGACCAGGCCCUGGCUGCCCCCGAGCUGCAGCAGCAGUCCAAGGUGAGAAAGCCACGGGCCAAGAGUAAAAGCAAGAUAGACCUUCUGAAGAAGUGCAUUGAAGAUAAAGUUCGCCUCUGUGAGGAGCAGCCCCCCGAAGACCUGGGUGAGAAGGUUCGGGGCGAGUUGCUGCGGGAGAGAGUGCAGUGGCUGGAGGCCCAGGAGGGACGCUUCGCCGAGGCGCUGGUGGCUCUGCAGUUCCAGAAGGCGGCCAGGGACACUGAGACGCUGUCGGCCUACAGCGCCCUCCUCAGCAUCCAGGACUUGCUCCUGGAGGAGCUGAGCGUGUCAGAGACGCUGACCAAGUCGGCCUGCGCCCAGAUCCUGGAGUCGCACAGCCCGGAGCUGCAGGAGCUGGAGAGGAAGCUGGAGGAGCAGCUGACCCAGCAGGAGGCGGCCCAGCAGCAGCAGGCCCUGGCGAGCUGGCAGCAGUGGGUGGCCAAUGGGCCUACGCUUCUGAACGAGCCCGGGGAGGCAGGCCCUGAAGGGCAGGCUGCCAGCCUCCUGCGGCAAGCCCUGAGCAGGGCCCAGCAGUUCCUGGAGCACCACCAGCAGAGGCUGGGCGCCGAGCAGCAGCGCGCCGCCGCGCUGGAGGCCGAGCUGGAGCGCGCCGAGACCGACGCCUUCGCGGCGCUGCGCGGCCAGGAGCUGAGACUGACGUCCUACCUCUUGAGGAUGACGACGGUGCCUGUGGCCACGCUGCGCCGGCUCCUGAGUGUGGCGCUGCCCACGGCCUCGCAGUCUCAGCUGCUGGCCCUGCUGGAGUCGGCCAGCGAGAAGCACCCGGACCUCGCUGCCGAGGACGAGGGCGGCGCGGAGCAGGCCUGCGCGGGCAGGAGGGAACACCAGGGCUGGUGGCAAGCCUUGGACAGCAAGCUGCGCGGAGAUCUGGUGAGCAGAGGAUUAGAAAAGAUGCUCUGGGCAUGCAAGAGGAAGGAGAGCAUAUUAAAGAAGACCUGUCUGCCCCUCAGAGAGAGGAUGAUAUUCUCUGGAAAAGGAAAUUGGCCACACCUGUCACUGGAGCCCAUUGGCAAACUGGCCCCUGUACCCCUUGUAGGGGCAGAAACCACUGAUGUAUUCAACACAGGCGAAAAGCUCUUUGUCUUCAGAAAUUGGAAGGAGCCGGAGAUCUCAUUGCAUGUUCCUCCCAGGAAAAAGAAGAACUUUCUAAAUGCCAAGAAGGCCUCUAAGGCCUUGGGCAUGGACUAGCCCCAGGGAAAGUUCCACGGGAGCAUCUGAAGACAGAGAGGUUUGUUUUCUCCUGCCCACCAGUGCUUGCUUGUCUAUGAUGCACUGCUCGCAGAUACAGACUGCGCGCAGAAGGCACAGACAUCCCCACACAUGCUGACUUUCAGGGACUCAGUUGGAUCUGGGCUCGUGAACUGGGUGGCUCACGCUCUCCCACACCGCGGGGACACGAGCGCUCACUCCUUUCACUCCCGCCUUGCCGAGGCCCUGGAGGAGGCCUUCACCCUCCAUUCCCGUCUGCCUGUCAGGCUGCAUAAUACUGGGCUGUAUAUGUCGAAGGCAAGGUUCUCUGCUCUUAUAUUUUGUAUUUAUUAUAUAUUCCAUUUUUAUUAAGGGAACUCCUAAAAAUCAAUAUAUGUCACACAAAGCUCUUCAUAAUGGAACCCACUUUUGUUUUACAUCGUAAGAGCCACGUGCUUUUCAUCACUUCCUGUGUCUGGGCACAACACGAGUGCGGAGUUCAGCAGCAGGACUCGCCCUCCGGCUCUCCAGGUGCCAGGAAACGUCCCAGCCCCUGGGUGAUGUUUCCCGUUUUGCAAAUGAGGACACUCAGUGGUUUAAAAAGCUGAAGUGAUUUUUACAUGAUCAUAAAGCCAUUAUAAUAAGUAGUAUGAUCAGGAUUCACAUUUGAUAGCACCAAAACCCUGUCCUUUCUUCUGGCCUUGAUCAGAGGACACGUGGCAGCCCUCACACCUUUGCCAACAAAUAAACGGCACCCAAGCCCUGCAGGCCGACCACAUGCUCCUGCUCGCCCCGGCCUUUCCCAGCCUGGUGGCAGCGCGCGACCCGCAGUGUCUCACGGAGCUGGGCCUCGCCACCCGAGCUUUCCUGGGCCAGGCAGAGUUCAGCUGCGGGUCCUUCCUGAGGGCAGGAAAUCAUUAGGAAGGGAGACCUGUCACCAGGGAGGGGAAGAAAACGGACCAAGGGACACCUGUUACCUGAGGGCUGCUCUAGAGCUUUCAACUGCUUUAACCCGCUUCUUAGUGACCCUCGUCCCCCGACCAGGCGGGCACCCCCACUCUCGUCCUACAGCCAGUGACGCCGAGACUCAGAGUUCGAGGGAUCCACCUGCCGUCACACCACCUACACGGGGAAUCCUAGGCUCUAACUCUUUAACACGCUUACCUGCUGUGGACGCCCAUUUCCGCUGGCAACCUGAAGACCACGUCUUCUUUGCAGUUCCCGCCAGCGUGCACUGAGUGCCACGGCGGGGACCUUCGAGAGGGGAUGACUUCCUCAGGGCAGGUGUGCACCAGCACGACCAGCUGGCCCGUGGCCGCCUCGCUGCACCAGCAGGCACUCGGAGUCAGCAGCUGGAGAGCAGAAGAGUUGAUGUGGCCAGUUUUGCACCAGAAAGGCCAGGGGGCCCUUUUGGUUUUCAGUUUAAUUAUUGUUAGUAUUAUGGGUAUGUGACAGUGCAACUGCCUUUAUAGGGCACACGUGAUAUUUUGAUACAGGCACGCAAGGUGAAUUAAUUAAGUCAGAGUAAUUGGGGUAUUACUCUCAGGCAUUUAUCAUUUCUUUGUGUUAGGAACAUUCAAAUUCCACUCUUUUAGU